GCUCUGUCGGUUUGCCCUGGGCAUGCAGGACUCCGUCAUCCGGGAUGAAGACAUUGUGGCCUCCAGCUGGUGGUCUGACUCAACGGCAGCGAAACACGGGAGGUUGGGGACAGACCACGGGGAUGGAGCCUGGUGCCCUGCCAAGCCUGUGCACCACGACAGCUCCGAGUUCCUGCAGAUCGACCUCCGCAAGCUCUACUUCAUCACCCUUGUGGGCACGCAGGGCCGCCACUCCAACGGGCACGGAAAUGAGUACGCGCGCCUCUACGGCCUGCAGUACAGCCGCAACGGGGACUUGUGGAUGACCUGGAAGGAUCGGACUGGAAAUGAGGUGAUCACUGGGAACAAAAACCCCUACGACAUUGUGCUGAAGGACCUGGGGCCCCCAAUCAUUGCCCGCUUUGUGCGAUUUUACCCGAGGGCGAACCGGCUAAUGAACGUCUGCAUGAGGGUGGAGCUCUAUGGAUGCCCCUGGUUGGACGGUUUGAAGUCAUACCGGAUUCCCAUGGGACAGAUGAUGAACGUGUCAGGCCUGCCUUUGGUCAACCUCAACGAUUCCACCUAUGACGGGCACAAGAUCGCGAGUGUCCACUAUGGGGGGCUGGGCCAGCUUACAGACGGCGUCCUGGGCAUGGACGACUUCACCAGGAGCCACGAGCUGCGGGUCUGGCCUGGCUAUGACUAUGUGGGCUGGCACAACGGAACCAUGAGCGACGGGUUUGUGAAGAUCGAUUUUGAGUUCGAGCACGUCCUCACGUUCAGAUCUAUGAAGGUCCACUGCAACAACAUGUUCUCCAGGCAGGUGAAGAUUUUUAAGUCGGUGGACUGUUUCUUCAAAAGCGGCCCCUCCGUUUCCUGGGAGCCUGCGCCUGUCAGCACCGCCAUGGUCCUGGACAAUAAAAACCCCAGCGCCCGCUAUGUGACAGUGCCACUCAAUCACCGCGCCGCCCAGUUUAUCCGCUGCCACUUCUACUUUGCAGACUCGUGGAUGAUGUUCAGCGAGGUUACCUUCCAGUCAGGCGUCGACCACACCACGCCUGUCAUCCCAGGCUUACAUCCGCGAGGUCCCGCUCCACGCCAGAGAGAAACGCUGAUCCCUCCCCAGGAGGCAUCAACCGGCGAUUACGACCUCGCGGGGGGUAUCACGGCAACCGUCAGUAACCUAGAUCUCGAAUCGUCCGUCUACCUGUCCCCGAAUGCUGGGCGGCCCGUCCCCAAGGCCGACAGCAGCAACACGGCCAUCCUGAUCGGCUGCCUGGUGGCCAUCAUCCUCCUCCUGCUCAUUGUCAUCUUCAUCAUACUCUGGAGGCAAUACUGGAAGAAGAUCCUUGGCAAGGCGCAGCGGAGGAUCCUGGAAGACGACCUCACCGUCCGGCUCUCGGUGCCCGGCGACACCAUCGUCAUCAACAACACCCAGCCCGGCCCCUCGGCCGGCCCGCCCUCCAACUUGUACGAGCGCAUCGGCUCCGGCGACCCGGAGUACCAGGAACCCAGCCGGCUCCGGCUGAAACUUCCAGACCUGCCGCAGGGGGCCGACGGCACGGCUCUCCUGUUAAGCAACCCAGCCUAUCACCUUUUGCUCUCUGCAAACCGUCACCUGAUUGGAGGCCCUGGCUGCACUUUGGACCAGGUCAAGCCAAUCAACACUGACGCCUGCAAUGGAGAGUAUGCAGAGCCUGACCUCAGCAAGGUGGCAUUCCAGACAGGAUUCCCAAACAGCGUCCCACAUUACGCCGAGGCAGACAUCAUCAACCUGCAGGGAGUCACGGGGAAUAACACCUACGCUGUCCCCGCCGUCACUAUCGACGCCCUGGCUGGGAAGGAUAUCGCCGUCGGCGAGUUUCCGAGGCAACGACUCGUUUUCCGAGAGAAGCUGGGGGAGGGCCAGUUUGGGGAGGUACACCUGUGUGAAGUGGACAGCCCUCAGGAUUUGGAGAGCCUGGGUUUCCCCCUCAGCAUCCGCAAAGGGCGCCCCCUGAUGGUAGCGGUGAAAAUGCUACGCUCGGACGCCACGAAGAAUGCCAGGAACGACUUCUUGAAGGAAGUGAAGAUCAUGUCUCGGCUGAAGGAUCCCAACAUUAUCCGGCUGCUGGGUGUGUGCGUGCGCGAUGAUCCACUCUGUAUGAUCACAGAGUACAUGGAGAACGGAGAUCUCAAUCAAUUCCUAGCCAACCAUGAGCUGGAGGAAAAGACCACAAGUACAACCGACAUUCCCACCAUCAGUUACCCCAGCCUGAUACACCUGGCCAGUCAGAUAGCCUCAGGAAUGAAGUACCUGGCCUCCAUGAACUUUGUGCACCGUGACCUGGCGACCCGCAACUGCCUGGUUGGCGAAAACUACACCAUCAAGAUCGCUGACUUCGGAAUGAGCCGCAACCUGUACUCCGGCGACUACUACAGGAUCCAGGGCCGGGCCGUGCUCCCCAUUCGCUGGAUGGCCUGGGAGAGCAUCCUGCUGGGAAAGUUCACCACGGGCAGCGACGUCUGGGCCUUCGGUGUCACUUUGUGGGAGAUCCUGAUGCUAUGCAAGGAGCAGCCUUACUACCAUCUGACGGACGAGCUGGUCAUUGAAAACGCUGGCGAGUUCUUCCGGGAGCAAGGCAAACAGGUGUAUCUCCCUUGCCCGCCAGUGUGCCCGCAGGCUCUCUACCACGUCAUGGUCCAGUGCUGGUGCCGGGACUCGAAACACCGGCCGACCUUUCAGCAGAUCCACCAAUUCCUCACGGACAACGCUGCGAACGUGGUGUAAGGGUGCAGGAAAGACGCAAUCCCUGGCGCUGACCAAGUUGGGACCGUGUUGGGGUGCCGAAGCCAACAACUUUGCCGGACUUUUCGUUUAUUUGGUGGGGGGGGGGGGGGGGGGGGAGGCAGGGGGUGUUCUCUGGCGCUUGCAGAUCACUUCUCUGUCAUUCUGAAGUUGAUGUCCAGACGGAGCUUGAGUGCAAGCCGAUUCCUACCUUCAUGACCACUGGGCGCUGCUUCCCAAAGCUGAAAGGCCGCCACACCCUUCCGGAAUCACCGACUCGGAUCCGCUGACCACCUCCCCCCCUCCCCACCUCCCUUCCCCACUACUCUGCUGAACUUGACUUGGCGGAAACCUCUUGCAGGGUUAUCCUCUGGAGCGAAAGGUCGGGCAAGUAAUGAGAGAAGUUAUUGCAAGUUGGUUCUUGGAAAACACUGGAAUUUGAAGACUGGGUGAAGAGACCCCAGAGCAUCUCUCUCUCUCUCUCUUUCUUCGCAGCCAAUAACACGUUUCAUCUCAACUUCACACCGAACCCCUCGGUGGUACAUUACCGUACUGUCAUCUCACCUGUCUGGAGUCCCGAACAUGUCGUGUAACUGUGAUGUGGAAUUUUAUUUCUUGACUUCUAAACCACGAGUGGCCAUCGGAGAAGGAGAUGGUACUGUCGCAUGUGCCCAUAUGUGGGUGCAUUUCUUAGUGGGAUGGAUCAGUCAAGCAUUCAAACUCAAUGAAUGGGGAAUUAAAGAUAUGUGUGCAUAUGUAUGUGCAUAUCAGAAUGAGAGAGAGAGAGAGAGAGGGACAGAACAUUUUAUUAUCUACAAUCACAAGUGGAAUAAACAGUCGGAUUGUAACUGCGACUCCUUUUAAGGAUUACCUGCGUUGUGAGCCCACUUUAACUAGACACACAACUACUGAAGUGAUUUUUGUUUUUAUUCCCCAUCGCUGAUGGAAGAUGGGAGUUCCUGCAGCCUGGAUUUUUCGGCCAACACUGGACUACUGUAAAAUGACCUGACCGCUGCCUCAUAUGAGCCAAGACACUUGCUGUUAAAACGAUUGGUACGAUUCUUUAAUCAGCUGACUCUUCCAAUCGUCACAUGGUGAUGGGACUCACUGGUAGCAUUUGAGCCAAGGGGAGAAAUGUCUAUAAUCAGUCUUCCGACAACUGCUUCGGUCAUGGUUUCAUUUGAUGCACAAAAAAAAAUAAUGUACUGUGAGCUAUAUUGGUGAUUUAUUUUCCCAGCUGUUAGGUCAUGAUUGCUUUGGGUAUGGGAGGCACAGGAGUGAGAUCUGACAAUAUGCCAACCCCCACCUCCCCCCCGCCUCCUCCAAAUGGCCAGCAGACUGCAACAGUGAAGAGCUGGGGGUUAAGGUUAGAUUUGGUACACUGUUGCAAGGUUUACCUUUAACAGGAGGUGGCCUAACCACAUUGUUUAGAGCUACCAAACUACUGAGAGGGCUGGCUCCUGUGUUGAAGGUGAACAGAUAGGCGUAGACUAACUACUGAUCAAACAUCCGACUACUGCUUGCGGAAGGCAACCACAGGACUUUUGGAAUUGUGAAUUGUUUUUGUAGCAUUGUCUCCGCUACUCCAGUGCUUAAACUGUCUUGAUAUCCACAUCCCUGUACCAACCGCACACCCCACCCCCCCCCAAACACCACCACCAACUUCCCAGGCUGUGGCCUGACCGACGAUGGAAAUAACACUGGGCAGCCUGAAAUGAAACGAAACACUGGACACCAUCGUUGGUUUCAUGGGCCAUUUCCUACCGCGUAGAGGAUCCAAUCAGGAGUUAUAGGGGAGUGGGAUUCAUGAAUCCAUGGGAUCGGCCGCCAAGCCGCUCCCAUCACCCGAUCAGUUUUGCUCUCCGCCGAUUCGUGGAUUUUCCAACCCAAGUGUCUCGGGUUGAGAUGACCAUUCAUUGCCUUGGCUAGAAGGUUUGCAGGGGUGGCGGUUGCAGUUGGGAUUCCCACCGGUUGCGCCCCUUUUCCGGUUUCUUUCCCCUCCCCACCCCACCCCAGAGCCUUUCUGGUUUUCCUGCUUUGCUCGCCUCUCAGACAUGACUCUGAGCAGCGGGGUCACAGGCCGCUCUGUCCAAUCGGCCCACCCCUCCACCACGUUCACCACUUCUGCAAUGCCCUUUGAUUUCCCUCCUGCCUCAUUCCCAUCAACUGCAGCCUCUAGGCCAUGAACACACACCAUUGAGAUAGACACUUGUCUUGCCUUCCUCUCCCUGCACUUUCGUUUAUAUCAGCGUGGCCAACAGGCUUAUUCCUGCUUGACUGAGGGCUGGGAUCCACCAAAUACCAUCAAAUCAUUUUAGCAGGAGUAUAUCUGUAUUGUUUGCAUAAGGACCCUCCCUGUUGGAGCUGUACAGCACGGAGACAGACCCUUUCAACUCAUCCGUGCCGACCAGAUAUCUGAAAUUAAUCUCGUCCCGUUUGCCAGCAUUUGGCCCAUAAACUCUUCCUACUUGUCAGGAGCAAUGAUGCUGUUCUCUGUGAAGAAUUGCUGACAAAACCGAUGCCAGCGAAAAGGUGCUUUAAGUAGAAAUCCCUUGGCUGUCUCCAACGUCCUGCGAUACUUCAUUGUGGGAUAAUGUGAGGCCCACAGCAAAGGUUUAGGACGCAAUUGCUUACAGAUUACUAGUCAUUCCAGAAGGCUGGUUUAAUGACACAAGUGGCAGGUUGCGAAUUUGAAUACAGUUCACAAAAUAAAUCUGAAUUAAAACGCGAGAUUGUGUCUUGGUGACAACCAAACACCCCCGAUUUUUGCAACACCGCGAUUAAAACAGAAAGUGGAAGGUCUGGCAGCGUCUGUGGAGAGACAGAAACAGUUGAUGUUUCGAGUCCGGGGUGACUUCUUCAGCCUCAUGAACUCUGUUUUUCUCUCUCUCUCUCCACAUAUCCUACCAGACCCGCUGAGUUUCUCCAGCACUUUUUUUUUGUGCGUGUGUCUUUAUUUUUCAGUCUUUUAGCAUCUGCCAUCACCCCGGUUCACUCUAGGGAAGGAAAUCUGCUGCGUUUACCCUGGUCUGGCCUCCGUGAGUCCAGACCCGCCCAGAUGUGGUUGUCUUUUUAACCACCAUCUGAAAUGGCUCUCGGAUUUGUCACCGACUUCCCAAAACGGGCAGACACGGACGAGCAAUAAGCCGUCCCCUCGCCAGUAACUUCCACGUCCCUCGGGCGAACAGAUUACGAAAGAGAAAGAAGCCGUUCGACCCAUGGAGCAUUUUAAAACUAACCUCGCUGCCAUAACUACCUAUCAAAAGGCCCUGUGUCUUCCUCUGCUUCCUGGCUAUCUGCACUGGUCUGGAAUCAGAAGAGGAGCUGUCCAAUUGUAGAACGUACAACAGUACAGCACAGGAACGGGGCCCUUCGGUGUUGUUUCAAACGUGAUGCCAAAUUAAGCUAAUCCCUUCUGCCUGACCUUGGUUCGUAUCCCUCCAUUGCUUGCAUAUUCAUGUGCUCAUCUAAAAGUCCCUUAAAUGCCCCUAUUGUAAUGCCCUUAUCCUCGGAUCUGAAUUGGGAGCCGAUUUCACAAGCACAGCCAUUUAGCUUCAGGGCUCCGACAGGGAGCAGUGAUAACCUCGUGGGAGCGAGAUGGAAUCCGGUUUGUCCCGCCCCAAGAUCUGUAAACUACGGCUUCAUAUUAGGGAUGCAGAUGGUUUAAGGGGUGGUUUAUUUCGGGCCCUUUGGAAUUUUGAAAGGGGUUGGUAGCACGGAGUCAGAGAGGGGAUCCUGGACUAGGGAGACACAAUCUUGCAAUUGGUGCCAUUCAGGAUCACAGGCGGUGUUUGAAUCUCAGUGAGUGAUUUUCGUUGAGACAGGACAAGUGGAGCCCAGCAUAGUAGCUGAAGUCCAAAUGUGUACCAGCCAUGAAUGGGAUUGGGGAAGUGGUGGGGUGGUGUGUGUGUGUGUGUCGGGGGGCGGGGGGGGGCGCGGGAGUAAAGAAAGAUGCUGAAUGGCCUCUUCAAGUUCCUAUGUUCCCCUAUUUUACAGAUUUCUCCCUGUGUUUACCCCAGUGGCUGUUCAGGCAGGGCGGGACAUACAAGGGAACUGGAGAGGCUACUGAUACAAAGUACUGGUUGGGAGACACUUAAAAACCCUUCUACCUUGGCCAGGUUGGUGCAGCCUUGUGCAUAUCAAUGCUUUCGCCAUCUUUCUCAUGUAAAUGCAGUCCUUUAGAUCUUUCCCCUGCUUAUAAUAACACUUGGCGGUUCCUAAAGUUUGGGACCCUCAGUCCUUACUCUUGGCUUUCUGACAAGUAUAGGGCUGUCUGUGAACUCAACUACUGAUCAAGUUAAACAUUAGGCAUUUGAGCUGGAAGCUAGGAACAUGGUUGAAGUGUUCUUAAAUCAUGUAAAAGAGUAGCUGGUAAUCCAGAUGUUAAAAAUUAUUGGCGGUGAGUAAAUAUUUGUGUAGCGUGUGGGUGUUUUUAACAAAUGUUGGUUAUUGUGAGAUGUCGAUGGAGAAUCCUUCUCUUUGGUCUUACGCUGGAUUCAAACUGUACUGGAUUAUUGUUGAGGAUGUGUACAUAUUUUACAAAGAGAUUUUUAAGGUAAUAUAUAACGAAAUCACUUUGGAGCUUCUCUGUAGAUCCUAUUCAUGCUUGCAUUUUUCUAGGUGUUUGUAAUAAACUUUCCUUUGAUUGUUGAAAAGAA